GCACGCGUCACGUGACGGGUCAGCCAGCGUCCUCCCACAGAGGAGUGUAAACAGGCGCCUGCGGCCGGGUCUCCCGCGAACUGCAGGUUGGCGGUGGGGGCGGCGCCUCAAUCUCAGCGCCCACCUGAGGUGACUCCUGCGGCUUCCAGACCCGGAUCUCCCACGCGGUUCACAGUCACAGCCGCCCGCCACCAAGGAGACGGCCCGCGUCCCAGGCCCGGGCAGGGGGUGUGGCCGUCUGACGCCGGUCUGCGACAGGUGGCGGGCAGAGUCGGCCCCUCACGCGCGCUUCUCUGCCCCGGGGUCGGGGGCCAAGCGCGCAUCCCGUGGAGAGGCAGCGCGACCCUGGGCGGUUAGCCCUUCCGGUUCGGGACUCGGGUCUGCGCUUGAGGCCGGCCCGAGCUUGGGUUGCCAGGACGUGUGGCGUUGAGGGCCUGGAGUUGUCCUGCCCCUGACGGGCUGUGAGACCGUGGCUUGAAGUCCAUGGCCCAAGAUGACUCUACCAGUGGAGACUCUCUUCUAUAAAGAAGGAAACUGGAUCAGAGGCUGGGAUGAGCAUGCCACUGCAUCAGAUCUCUGCCAUUCCAUCCCAGGAUGCUACUUCUGCUAGAGUCUACAGAAGUAAGACCAAAGAAAAGGAGAGGGAAGAACAGACUGAGAAGACUUUGGGACAUUCCAUGAGUCAUUCAAGCAACAUUUCUAAGGCUGGGAGUUCUCCUUCAGCAUCAGCUCCAGUGUCUGCCUUCUCUCGCACUUCUGUCACACCAUCCAACCAGGACAUCUGCAGUUCCAGUGCAGUGUUUUCUGAGUAUUGUCAUCACAGUCCCUUGCAGUCUGCUGUUGUCUUGAAAGCACCUCACUGCCAGAGUUCUCUGACACAAGGGCUCCCUGUGACAGUUGUCUGUAAAGACACAUUACAGGCAUCAGAAAGCAAUUCCUUUGAUUCUGAAUGGUUUCAGGCCUUGAAGCCUGCUAAGAAUGCCAAAGCCAGAAGAACACUAAAGUUUUCAAAGUCCCUAAAUGAUGUAUGUGAGAAGCCCCAGGAUACUUUGGAAAGCUUUGACUAUGUGGAAAGAACUUGUUCUGAAGGAAAAUUGGUACUCUCUCAAGAUCCAUGUCUCAGAAUUAACAGGUUUCAUUUUAAAGGAAAAAGAGCACUGAAUCCUAAAUCUCUUGGCAGUUCCAAACGUUUCUGUGUCUCAUCCCUCUCUGCCAACCAUUCUGUUGCCUCAGAGGUAGAAGCUGGCAAGGGGGGUAUGCACAACCCGAUUUUGGAAGAGAAAGCAGAUGGCGAGGCCGGGUCCAGAAGCCAGCGGCUGCUCCAGUACCUGUUCUUGCUCUCCCAUGGCUCUAGCACCAGCAGCCUGCGCAGAUUCCAUGAGCUGGAGAGCCAUACCGCUCACCUGCAUGCCACCAAGUCCUCGAGUGGGCUGGCAGGGAGCAUGGGCUUCUGCUCUGAUGAAAUGGGAGACGACGACGUCUUUGAGGACAGCACAUCCGCCAAACUCAAGUGCAGGGUUCUGCGGGCACCCCUCUGCUCAAUGGAGAAGGACAGUGACCUGGAUUGUCCUUCUCCCCUGUCUGAAAAAUCUACCCCCAUCUCUCCUGUGUCCAUCUCAGGGGAUGCCUGCAGGAUAUGCCACUGUGAAGGUGAUGAUGAGAGCCCCCUGAUCACCCCCUGCCACUGCACAGGAAGCCUCCACUUUGUGCACCAGGCCUGCCUGCAGCAGUGGAUCAAGAGCUCUGACACGCGCUGCUGUGAGCUCUGCAAGUACGAGUUCAUCAUGGAGACCAAGCUGAAACCUUUGAGAAAAUGGGAGAAGUUGCAGAUGACGGCCAGCGAGCGCAGGAAGAUCACAUACUCAGUGAUGUUUCAUGUCAUCGCCAUCACCUGUGUAGUCUGGUCCUUAUAUGUGCUCAUCGACCGUACUGCUGAGGAGAUCAAGCAGGGGCAGGGAACAGGAAUCCUAGAGUGGCCCUUUUGGACUAAAUUGGUGGUAGUGGCCAUUGGCUUCACUGGAGGACUUCUUUUUAUGUACAUUCAAUGUAAAGUAUACCUGCAAUUGUGGAAGAGACUCAAGGCUUAUAAUAGAGUGAUCUAUGUUCAAAACUGUCCAGAAACAAGCAAAAAGAAUAUUUUUGAAAAAUCUGCACUAACAGAGUCCAGUUUUGAAAAUAAAGAUGGACAUGGAGUCUGUUAUUCGGACACAAACUCUUCUUCUUGCACAGAGCCUGAAGACACUGGAGCAGAAAUCAUUCACGUCUGAUGGUGUGGAGGGUAUUGUUUUUAUGGACAUCUAUGAAGAGCUAAAGGAAUUUGUUUACUGCCAAUUGUGUACCUUUCUAUGUCCUUUAAAUAGUAUAGACUUGGCAGGUGACCAUUGCCUCUCUUUUUUGAACCCUUCUUGUCAAAUCUCCUGGAAAGCCCUCCUGUGUGUCAGGCAUGGGUGAGUCCCACUUCUGCCUGGCCACUCUAUAUGAUUUAAAGGGAGGAGGAGACCCCAUGCAGCCAUCAUGGGGAGCUGGCUGAGUUCUGAUUCAAGAUCUUGAGAAGAAUGAGGUAAUACAAUGCCAAACCAGAAGGGAGAGCAGGAGCAGAAGUGGGGGACAGCCCUGAUAAUGAAGCUGUCCCUGUCCCAGAGCCAAGCAUUGGGAAUGUCUGGCAGUAAUGAGAGAAUUCCCUUCUCACUAAAGAGGGCUGAGGAGAUGGAAUGGAAAUAGUCUUUAUAGGCAAAAACUCCCACCCUCCUUCUACUGAUGCUGCCACAUUGGCCCUUAAGCAGAUGAAGCUUGGUGCCAUGUCUCUGGUGGUGCAUGAUUUACUGAGCAAACAGCACUUUACAGAAGAGAGUAUUUUGUAAUAUGUGUCUAGUGGGAAUGAAAUUGGGUGUUGCAUUUAGAAACCUCUUGUUAUCUCUUUUACAUAAAAAUAGAUCUGAAACCUUUUUUGCCUUAUACAUUCUAACAAAUGUGGCGUCCUCUUUAUGUCUGAAGACACUUAUGACUUGACAAGAGGGAAGACCAGGUCUGAGACUUUGUCGUAACAGAGUUCAUGGGAACUCAUGGAUGCUAAAAGUCAGGUUGCAUAUUUCCUAUAGUUUUGAGCCUGUUUUAUGACAAGUCCUUAUUUUUCAUAGGCCUGCCCUGUACAUAUCUUUUUUUGUCUACACUGAAAAAGAAGGGUUUUGAGAUACAAAUGGAAGGAAAGGAAAUACUUAGAACAAAACUGAGUAUUUAAAAAAUGAUUACCAAUAGAUUUCUCCAGUUUGGUGCUGGCUUUAUGCUGAAAGAGCAGACACAUAUUGUCUGGUCUGGAUGUGUGUGCUGUAGGUGCUCCUGUCACCUGUCUGAUGUGCUGGCUCCUGCUGGGGAAGUUCCAUGGAGCCAUUGCUAAGAGACAAAAGGCAGGUGACUGGCUCUGGGAGGAAGGCCAGGUGUGAGCAGCAAAGUGCAUGGGCCACUAUGUUACUGCUCCCCAGCCAACACCCACCCAUCAUUGCCUUAACCAGACCGAACAGACAGGAUCCUUUAGGAGCCCUUGGCCCUGCAAUUGGUCUGUUCUAUCAUCAGGGAUUACCUUUUGAACCGUUUUUCAUAAGACAGACAAAACCAAAUUCAACACUAUCAAAUGACCUUUGUCCCCCUAAAAUGUCUGCUUAUAAUUCUGUUCUUAAAGCCCAGUUUCAUAGUGCUAGGCAAAUAGUCAACUCUGGGAGUUGGCCAGGACAUGAGUGCUCAGAUGUUCAACCAGGGAACUGUCAUCCAGCUGCUAGCACCUGCAGAGCCUCCUGAAAUGGGGCAGGGUGAUACCUGGGGGGUCCUGCCUGGAGUCUCCCUGAGCCUUAGGUGCCUCAACUGACCUGUUAGAAGGAUUAAGCAGUGGUGUGGGGAGAUAUCUCAGUGAAUAGAGCACUUGCCUAGAAUAUUUGAGGACCUGAGUUUAAUCCCUAGUCCUGCACAUCCCCCACCCCCCAAAAAAAAGAUAAAGCAAAUACAAAUGUUCAGAGUAGAAGCCCUGCAACUGGUAUUGAAGGUUGGAAAGAAGAUACAGGGUCUCUGUUCCCUGGGUGAGAGAUUCUGGGAGUAAGCCUUCUCUUGCUGUUUCUGUGUCUUGCUGACUGGGAUCACAGUUCUGGUCUGUGGAGUUGCCUCACCAUGACCUUCCUCUCAUUGUCCAGAGAACUGAACUGAGGUCAGUCUGCCCUCUCUUGUCUCCCAGGCCAUAUCUAGUCCAUGCCUGUGCCCACUGUGCCCCAAAGUGCAAUUACCCACAUCCCUUCUCAGUCUGCAGACACCAGGCGCUAUAGACUACACGCUCAGAGGAGCUGAACCUCAGCUCAGCCCUACCCAUGCCCCUUGGGAAAGGUUCCUGGUCGUGUAUACCUGUCCUUUCUAUCCUCCAACCAUGGGUGAGUGAUCAAAUGAAAACAAGGAUAGAUUUUUAAGUGUGAAUCCCUCUCCCUCAUAGAACCCCAUGUGCUGAACUUGAAAAGCACUGAGGGUUUAUGUAGUGAAGAAAGUGUGUUUAGGUAGGGAUAGUUCCAACACCUGUGUUCUGGCAGGCCAGUGAAGCUGACUUAGCAAGGAUAUGUGUGCUUCCCUCUAGUGGGGACUCUAGGUCUUACUAAUCUCCUGUGGUCUGUACAUUUGCCCCUCAGUGCUUUUGAGGGAUUAUUUAUCCCCAGUUUUGCCUUAUUUUUCACCAGGCUUUAUGGGAAGAUGGCACUUGGCCAAACCAAACAGAAAUCUUGGCUGAGGUCUCAGGGCCAGGAGGACUGUUACUUGUGGGCUGGGUAAGGGAGAAGAGGAAAACAGUCUCAGGGGUAUCACUGGCCAGCCCUCUCUCUGACUUGGCCUUUACUCCUUAUAAGUCAUGAUACCACUGGUGGGCUUCUGACUUUGGAUACCAGCAGUAAUUCAGAUAUUAUGCCCACAUUUAUUGCAAGAAUUUCCUGGAAAUGCUGUCAAAGAUCUCUUACCCCAGUCCUAUCUCCCCCAUUUUUUUUUUUCUUUAGUGUACUCUUCAAUCACAUAGACAUAGUUACCAAAUCUGUUUGUGCUUUGUUUGGUCUCAGGCAUGAAGUCCUCAGACAGUGGGGUGGUUCAGAAGCCUGGGGUGAUGCUUACGAUUUGGGCUUACUGUACAGCCCUGGUGGUGGACUGCAGAGCUAGGUCUAGCAGGAUGAAUAUCCAUCCACAUGCUAUGGAUGUGGCUGUGUGCAAAAAGCACAUUUGAAAUACUGCCCCUUUGGAAUCUGCUUUUACAUAUACAACUUCUUUCUCUAGCCCAAGGAAAGACAGAGACAUAAGGAAAUAAAAGCAUUUGUCUUUGUUUUGGAAGUAAAAUUGUUCAAAUUGUGCAGCUGAUUGGUGAACAUUUAGAUACAAUGUUUAUAGAAAGUUGAUUGUUAAUAAAAACCAAAUUUACACUGGUA